AUGGGACCUAGAGCGACCAGAAACAGCUCCAAGAACACAGAAGGCGCUGAGACAGCGUCCAAGGACGCCCAAUCGCAACACAAUGCCGCCAGCGACACGAAACAAGCCUCGAAAGAGGUUUCUUCAACUGCCACCAGUCCCAAAGUUGCUCUAAAACGCCAACAUCGAACUGCCGCCUCAACAAACUCAGACGAGAGUUCAAGUAAACCGUCCACGCCGACCGGAAGUGUGACUUCGACCGUGGAGUCGCCCCGAAAGGCCAAGAAGACAGAUGCGGUUGUUGAGGGAGAGCAGCCAGAGACUACCGUCAAACAGGAGCCUGACUUUGAAAGUACUGUCAAAAUUGAGCCCAUUGAGGUUGUCAAGACUGAGGAUCCGGGGCAUGACAUAAAGGUGGAGGAUAGAGAUAUUAAGACUGAAGAGGACACCAAAGCUGGGGGAAACGCCAGCAGAGAAGAAAUCAAGAAUGAAUAUCACUCGACACCAAACCUUCCGCUAUUUCACGCGAUUACAGUCAUGUUCAUUCCUCUUUCGAAAACCAACAAACACAGAGCAGAACUGUGUAGUCGUCAUGGUGGCACUGUGGUCACCUCCUACUCGGAUAAAGUGACUCAUAUUAUUGUGGCCAACGGGGUAACAGUUCCCCAGCUGAUGAAGACUCUGGGAGUGGACACUCUGCCCGCUUCCGUCACCGUGGUCAACGAAAACUGGUUUGCUGACUGCAUUGAAGCCGGCAAGAUUGUCGGCUUUGGUGGUAAGGAAGUGCUUGGGGUCCCCCGAGGUGGAGAUAAGCGAACUGCUGAAACCACGUCCGAUGACACAGACGCAAAAAAGCGUCGACGAGCUAGUGAUGCUCCCUCAAGAAGCACAACUCCUCCAGCCUCGCCCAAAUCCAGGUCUGAAUUGCGUUCAGAUGUGUCUUCUGACGUGAUCAAGGCACGUGGAAAGUCCAUGCUUGAAGCGCUUCACGAUGUGCGUAUGCAGGAUCACGCCCAUGCUUUUGCCUCAGAGUGGGAAGAUGAUGGAGAUGACGAUGCUGACACAGACGACGACGAUGCUGACGAGCCCCACAAACACAAAAAGAGCCAGCCGCAGAAACAGGGCGAUUGGGUCGACAACUUCCUGUGCAUGUCUGGACCCGAACGGGAUCCCGUGGACAAGAACCCCAACUGGAAGACCAUUGAGGUGUUGAGUCGUCUUUUGAAAUACUAUGAAGACAAGCAUGAUCAAUGGAGAGCCCAGAGUUACAGGAAGGCGUUGAAUGUUCUGAAACGUCAGCCAAAGAAAAUCACAACCAAAAAGGAGGCUGUCAAGCUGCCUGGUAUCGGUGAUUCUAUCGGUUCAAAGAUCCAGGAGAUUGUGGAAACAAACGGUCUGAAACUUCUCAAUGUGACCAAACUGGAUACCUCAGUCAAGGUUACUUCUCUGUUUGAGGGUAUCUGGGGCGUCGGUAAGGCCACAGCAAGAAAAUGGUAUAAAGAAGGAUAUCGAACUUUGGACGAUAUUGCGAAGAAGGCCACCUUGACUCCCAACCAAAAGGUGGGUCUUGAGCACUAUGACGACUUUCAGGAACGAAUUCCUCGAGAUGAAGUCACUCGACACUUUAUGGUUGUCCAAAAGGCGGCUCAUGAGAUUGAUCCAGAGGUCGACGCGCAUAUCAUGGGCUCGUACAGACGUGGAGCGGCUUCUUCAGGAGAUAUCGAUAUGAUCUUCACCAAGAAGGGGGCCACUCUCGAUGAGCUCCAACCGUUUCUGAAGGAGCUGGUUCAUAAACUCACAGAACAGGGUUUCCUCAAAUGUGGACUUACCGGCGCCUCUACAAAGUGGUACGGGUGUUCCAAACUCAAGGAUAUCCCCCAGUGGCGUCGAAUCGACUUUCUGCUUGUUCCAUGGGCCGAGAAGGGCGCUGCCUUCAUUUACUUUACUGGUAACGUACUUUUUAACCGAAGUAUCCGGCUGCUUGCCAACAAGAAGGGCUAUAGUCUCAACCAGCAUGGUCUGUAUGCAGGCGUACUGCGAGGAGAACGGGGGUCGAAAUUGAAUGACGGAUACUUGGUGGAGGGUGAGAGUGAACACAAGAUCUUUGAGAUUUUGGGUGUGCCUUACUGGGAGCCGUGGGAGAGAAAUGUUUAA